AUGCGCGCCCCCGUAGCGUUCAAGCUAGCGGUGAUCGCGAGCGGCGUGUGCUCCGUCGCGACGGCCAUCGAUUUCAAAUCUAUGGCUAAGAAUUUCUUCAGCGACGACGACGCCACUGGAUCAGUUGAAGGAACCAAACAAGCCACGCAAACGAACACGGACGACAGAACGUGUGUGUACGAGUGGUCUUCUCUGAGCUGCCAGCCCGAAGACAAAUGCUCGAUUCAGUACCAGUUCGGUGACGUCACGCCGUCCCAGGCGUGCCGUGUGACGGACAACGGCGAUCACACAAAAGUGCCGCAGCAAUUCCACUUGGCUUUCGCCGGCGAGGAAGCCGGUACGGGCAUGGCGAUCUCCUGGACUUCGUUCGCACUGGAGGAGUCUCCGGCCGUAUGGAUCGGCACCAGCGAGGCUAAAGUCGCUCUAGUAAAGGACGCCAAGAUCGAGACCAAGUCAUACUACAAGGACGAGAAGUACGAGCUGUACAGCUACCACGCUGUUGUCAGCGGCCUUGAGCCCUACACGGAAUACUUCUACAAAGUGGGUAGUGCCACUGAGAAGAAGUUCCAGAGCUCCGUUAGCUCAUUCAAGACAGCACGCGCGGCUGGCGACGAGAGCCCGUUCGUUGUGGCUGUGUAUGGAGAUAUGGGAACCGAAGCUAACUCGGUGGACUCUAACAAAUACGUCAACGAUCUGGUGGAUAAAGUGGACUUCAUCUACCACCUGGGCGACAUUUCCUACGCCGAUAACGACUUCCUGACCGCCAAGACGGCGUUCGGCUUCUUCUAUGAAGAAAUCAUCAACAAGUUCAUGAACUCCCUGACCAACGUGAUGCGUCACAUGGCCUACAUGGUUGUGGUGGGCAAUCACGAGUCCGAGUGCCACUCGCCGACGUGUCUACUAUCUGACAGUAAGAAAGACCAACUUGGCAACUAUUCUGCCUACAACUCUCGCUUCCGGAUGCCGUCGCCCGAGAGCGGUGGUGUAUUGAACAUGUGGUAUUCGUUCGACUACGCCUCGGUGCACUUCACGACCAUCUCGUCCGAAACGGACUUCCCCAACGCACCGAAGAAUGCGUACUACACCAAACGUACAUACGGUAACUUUGGUAACCAACUCGCGUGGCUCGAAGCCGAUCUGAAGGCUGCUCAUGCCAACCGAGCCAACGUGCCCUGGAUUAUUAUUGGUAUGCAUCGACCUCUAUAUACCCUUCGCUCCUGCGACGCCAACGGUGUACCAAAUGACGAGUACGAGUCCUUGAAGGUGCAGAAGGCGUUUGAGAAGCUGUUCAUCAAGUACAAGGUGGAUCUGGUGUACCAGGGACACGUGCAUGCUUACGAGCGCCACUACCCGACGGCAGAUAGUAAGGCAAUCAUGCACGGCGUAUCGAAGGAUGGAAAGACGUACACGAAUCCAAAGGCACCUGUACAUGUCAUUGCCGGCAUUGCUGGCAACUCGGAAGGUCUGUACCCAUUCAAGAACCCUCCGUCUCCGAAGUGGUUGGCUCUGAUGGACAACGAACACUACGGUAUCACGAAACUUACUGCGUCUCCGACGAACCUGACAAUUACGAUGAUCGAGGCUGCCACUGGAACGGUACACGACGAGUUCUCUAUCAUUAAAGCAGCGUCAGCAAGUCAAACGCAAACUGUGAAGUAGUCUAAGUAGUCAUAAUGCAUUUUUGAUGUUCCAGCGGGUA